CGACACGAGGGAAUUACGCUACGGCGAGAACGUCACCGUCACCUUGCGAGGUCUCUGGGUCUCCGGUGCCUGAAGCGCUGUGGUUUGUGGACGACAAGUACUUCGACGCCAGUGGACAGCCGAAUACAACUGUUGAAGACCUGGGAGGAAUCUUGAGGAAGACGAGACGAGAAACCAUCACAAUUCCGACCACCAUGUUUACUAAUGAUAUCAACUGCGAUUGUAUAGCCAUCAGCACUGAGGGGCGGGACGAGAGCCGCCUCACACUUUAUAUCAGAGACGAUACAGACAUAUCAUACAGACCGGGAGAAAGAUUAUUCACUCUCACGGAUAAUAUAGAAUUGGAGUGUACUGCUGAGGGAUUCAGCCUGAUGGAAAUUGGUUGGAAGAUGAACGGAAAGAUCCUCCAGCGCUCCGACAGCUAUAACAUUACUGAGGAAAGGAUUAUGGAAGACGGAGAGACAAGGAUUAACUCCAACAUCACUUUCCUGCGACCAAAAGUUAUGGACGGCUAUGUACUGUGUUUCGCGACCACUCUCACCGGGCAUGUCAAAGAAGCUGUAACACGCGUAAUAGUGAAGGAUAUGGACCUUCACCCUAGCUGCAAGGACAUCGCAGGCAGGCGGGAAUGCUUCUUCGACAAGAGCAUCUGCGACAGAGAUUACGUCCAAAAUUACUGCUGCAGAACUUGCACGCUGAUGGGAGCAAUGCCCGUUGAGCCGCACCUUCCAAGCAGCGCUAUGGCAAAACUGGAAGUUGACAUCCGGAUACACCCCGGGUACAUUCUAUACGGAGGAGAAGCAAAUAUGACCUGUCAAACUUAUGGUUAUCCCGGGACACAGAAAGUCGUGUGGUAUAAAGGGAACACAACGAUUGAAGAGACUGACCAUCGCCACAUAGAAGAAACGGUGAUGAAGUUCUCGAUCUACUGUGAAGUCAAAUCUACCCUCCGAAUCAUGGGAGUGACCAAGCGAGACUUCGGCAAUUACACGUGCAAAGCGGUCAACGACAUCACGGAAUCAAAAGCAAGUGUAAUGAUGCAGAUAACACGUGAUGGAGAGAUCGAAGCUUACUGACAUACUGACUAAAAUCCGCAGCUGAGAGAAAGAGCUGUUUUUACAGUACGUUUUACGUUGUUAAUUCUUGCGGUAUUGGACAUCAUUUCAGAACUAUAUGAUCCUUGUUUUACUUUCCCCAUGCCAAUCAAAAGAAACACAUUAAAGGAUGAAUUUAUUGUCUCUGGAAUAAUCAAAAUAUGGAAAAUAGAAUAACGGUAAAAUUAAUAGCGCCAUUGCUGUAUUUAUAUCAAUACUAAUAUCAAUAACUGCAAGUGAUAAUAAAAAUAGUAACAUUAAUAGAAAUGGUAACAAUAAGUACAACAAUGAAAUCAAUAAUAUUAGAUAUCAACAGUAAUAUUAGUAGCAAUAUUAACAAUAGGAAAAUGUCAUCUACAAGUACAUACUAAUACAUAUGCGUUUAUAUGUAUAUGCCAGGUGCCUACAAUAUUUUCACAUAAUUUAUAUAACUGAAUGUAAAAGAUUGUAAUGUAAAAUAUUUUGUAAUGUAAAAAUGUAAAAUAUUUUCACAUGAUAUAACUGAAUGUAAAAGACUGUAAUGUAAAAUAUUUUGUAAUGUAAAAUAAAUGCAAAAUAUU